UUCCAAUUGAAUAUUAAUGAUAUGGUUUCUAUAUAAUAGGUUGUAUUGCUUUAUCAAGAUCAAAACAUAUUUCAAGUCUAUUAAUAAUUUUAAAAAGGAGUUUCUCUUAUCUCCUCCCCCAAAACUUCAUUAGCAUAGAGUAGCCCGCACCAAAAAAAAGUUUUCUAUUAAAAAACAAAUAAUAAACAAUAUGAAAAAAGCUCUCGCGAUCGUCAAUGUUCAAAACGAUUAUUUCCCUGAUGGAGGUUUGCCAACCUGGAGACCCGUGAAAACUGCUAGUGAAAUUAAAAAGCUCUUGGGUAAGUUCAGACAAGACGGUAAAAAAGUUAUCCAUGUUGCUCAUCACACAACGCCUGAACAGCAAUCGUUCUUUCCUUUCUUAGUCAAGGGUACUCGCGGUGCAGAGUUUCAUGAAACUGUCAAGUCUUUAGAUCCAGAGAAAGUUAUUUUCAAAGAGUAUUCUGAUGGCUUUCAUCAUAUCGAUCUUAAAGAAUAUCUCUUAAGCAAGCAAAUCGAUACAGUCAUUAUCGUAGGCAUGAUGAUUCACAACUGUGUUAAUGCAAUUACUUAUUCUAGUACAGAUGAAGAUUCCAAGUCAAUUGUUGUAGCAGAGGCUGUCAACAUAAUGGAUCAGCAAAUCUUUGGCGAAAUGAUUCCAGCUGAAACUAUUUGGAAGAGCUUCUUGGCCGGUAUCACGUUUGCUUAUGCUAAAGUUAAAAAGUAUAUAAUAUUUUGAAUGGAAAUUACUAGUUAAUAUUUUUAGAGGUGUAUCUUACACUUGGUCCAACA